CUCCCUCUCGAUUUAAAACCCUUCUUUUGCCUUCUCGCUCCCAAAAUCCGAAUCCCGAAAAAAGAUGGCGAAUGCAAGCGAUCGAGACAUGGACUGGGAUUUCCAUAUCAGAUCUCUCUCCGCCAACGUCCGAGAUUCUUCCUCCGCAAGCGACCCCGCUUCCGACCCUUCCCUUCUCCCAUCCGUGAAGAAGCUCUACGAGAUGUGCAAGGCCGAUAACUCGGAUGAUUUGAUACCUAGGGUUUAUUCUCAUAUAAACAAGCUCUUCCAACGGUCCAUCGCAUCGCUAACUCAAACCCGUACAUCCAACGGCCUACUACUGCUGGCCAUUCUUCAAUUUUUUCUUGAUUUUGGAGAGGUGGUUCUACAUGAUGCUGAUCCUAGUCUGAGGACAUUUUUCCGUUCAUGCUUGAGUCGAGAGUUUGCUGACCCUGUUGUUGCAGAGGCAACCCUCGAUUUUCUUAACCAGAAUAAAUUGAAACUUCUAAAUUCUUUUCCAACUUUGCUCCCACAGUUCUUCCCAUUGCUGCUAAAGUUGAUUGCAUGGAAUGGAGAGAAAUUAGUGGAAUCAUUUUUGCAGGUUUUUCCGGGAAUGAUGUCACCUGGUUCAUUUCUUCCACUUUUCCCAUCGCUUGUGGAUCUGCCAAUACUUGUGGUGGCAUUGGAAAAGGUGGAGCGGAGCUCAGGAUCUCUGAUUGGGAGUAGCAUUGCUUCAAUCCAGAAGAGUACGGCUCCUGAGAUGCUGCUUGCACUGAUGGAUGAGGCCUAUACUGGUUCGACCAUAGAAGAUAGAGGAGGGGACUCGGGAUCUGAUGAUAAUAGUACUAUAGAUGUUUCUGAUUCCAUGUUUCUUGACCUCCUUAAGGAUGAGAAUGAUGGGCUAGCUGAACGUCACUGGACGUCUCCUGGGAUAGUAGCAGCAUUACAGGCUGCAAUUAAUAGCCCUCAAUCUGAAAGACUAAGACAAGCAAUUCAUAUGGCACCUCGGUUUCUUGACUUGUACUUUGCAAUAGCACUGCAGGAUGUUAAUGAUUCUCUAAUUUGUGCUUUAAUUCCGCUAACUUUGACAAGAAAUGCCACAAUAUUUCCAGAUAAGACUUUCUCUUUCGAGGUUCGAAGGAGGGUUUUAGAAUUCAUGCUAGCUGCAUUUCAACGAUCCCCAAAUUUCAUUGCACUGCUGAAGAAGCCUAUCAUCGACAGACUUGCAGAAGCUUAUGACAGCCCUGCAAAGACAGAGUUGGCAUUACAGCUAUGUUGGGCCAUUGGGGAGCAUGGAGGUGGAGGCAUAUCACACAGGGAUGCAGCUCGAGAACUUUUUGAGAGUUUAGAAUUACUUCUAUACGAGAAUCUUUCAUCUAGUCGUUUAGGCUUAAGCCAGGAAUCAGCUCUGAGCACAGAUGCUACAGCCUUUAGAAAAUCAUCGCAGGCUAGGCUGCUAUGUUUCGUAGUGACAGCUAUUGCAAAGCUUGCUACAUGCCACCGUGAAUUACUUCCAAGGGCCCGCGUAUCCUUGGCCAAGGUGGCCCGAUCACAAAGCUCAGACAUGAGGGUUUGGAGGCGUGCUCGUGACUAUUUGGGAUUAAUGAAUGAACCAGCAAUCUCCUUGUCAGUCCUGGGAGCUUCAAGUGGGAGCCACCCAAGCCCUGGCACCGUCAACUGGAGUGAAGGAGGCUCAAAGAUGAUUGCUCAUAUUCCAUUUUACAUCCUAGCCGAACAAGAAGGUCCACCCUUUCAUGACUUUUCCUAUUCAGACAUCCUCCCCAGCAGAUGAAGGCUCCCCAUUGUAAAGACACUGUAGAGUACUUUUUGGACAGGGUCCUAUUAUUGUGAACUGAUCAAAGCAUUCGGUACUGCAGCAUAAAUGGACCUUAUUUAGCAUUAUCAUUCAGCUGGAGAAAGAAAGUGAUUUGAAGCAGCCUUCCAAACAACGGACUUUUCCACCUUUGGUUGUGGUUUGAUGGCUUUUUAUUUCCAUCGUCCAUGUAAGAGGGCCAAACAUCCAGCAGUUAAGAUUGACUGAUGGGUGUGUUUCAAUGGAUGGACAAUCUGGUAAGCCAUGUUUAUAGUGAGCUUGUCCGUUCAU